AUGUUCAACCACAAGAAGGGAUCUCAAGCCAUUUGGCAUUUUCUAUUCCCUCCCAAAAAUCGUGACAAAGGCUGGCUAUCAUGGAAACUAAUUCCUUCAGUAAUUUUACUACUUACAGCCCUCGAAGUCGGGUUGAUGGUGACGAUCGGAGUCCUCCUCUCUCUCUCUCAAAACAACAAUGGAUUCGUGACCGUCCAGAUUCCUAACCCCAACUCUGUCUCGAGUAACUUUUUCAAACGCUCCCAUUGGACUGAAUCCUACUUAUGGACUUCCUUGCCCACCUUUGUUAUCACGCUUUAUAAUCUGUGUUGGACAUCCAUAUUCGCUGAGUUUGCUAUCAGACAGCCCUUUAUUGAAAUGGCAGAGACGGAAGGAUCACCCGGCAAAAAAACCGUUCUGUUGGAUUACCGGAGUUAUUUCUCGUUUGUAUCGUGGAUCUAUGCAUUCAAAAAUAAGCACAUCGUGCUUGGAUUCACAAUUCUGGUUUCGAUGCUUGGUCUCUUCCUCCCUUCCCUAACGAGUAAUCUUUUCAAGGUGGCGGCUGUCUCACAGGCCACGGCGGCAAAUAUGUCGAUCACGGCAUUUUUUAACGAGACUGCCGUUGACUCCAAGACCAACUAUCAGACCGUUUUCAAUAUUGUCUCAGCAGCUCGUGUCUACAAUGCAAGUUUCCCCCCCUGGACAACCGAGGAGUAUGCCUUCCCCACGUUUGUACCGAUUACGGAUGGCGGAUUCCCAAGCUCCGGGAAUAGCAGUAUAGAGCUCACAGCCUACUCUGCGAGUCUAGAUUGCCAGCAAAUGACUACAUAUAAUAAGGUUAUCACUAAUGAGAACGUCUAUAUCUUCAACACAACGGACCGCGGAUGCCCAAUCAACGUCCACGUACCCGUCGCCGCGGGCGCCACCGUAUACAUGAAGACCGGCUACAUUGGCAACUGCAAAAGCACCGCAGGCCUUCGUCGCCAUGUCUUUGUGUCAGCUCUUUUAACAAACUCUUCCUCAUCCGAGACACAAGGAUUAACGGAUAUUAGUUUUAUUUCAUGCACAAUGAACUACUAUAAAACUCCUGGAACUCUUUUGGUCAGCACAACUGCGACAAACGAGACGACACCAUCCAUCAUAUCAUUUAAACCAAGCGCGAAACCCCAAAUCUGGCUUCCGAGCUUCUGGGGCAGUCUAGAAUUCAUGAUCCAUCAGAUAGACCAAUUCGAUCCGACGGGGACCUAUGCCUCUGAUAACCUGGGUCUGCUAAUCCUCGCUUACUCGGAACAUCUGGUCGGCUUCUCCAAUCGUCUGGACACCAACGCAUUAAUACGCGCUACCCAGGAUGUGUACAAAUCUAUCUUCUCUGUAACUGGGUCGAUCUACCUCUUGCAGCCAUUGCAACAUCCCAGUAAUCCUGUUCUGGGCCAGAUCUAUACGUUUAGCAACCGCCUUUUCGUUACGAAAAGCACAGCGGGAUUGAUGGAAGCUAUACUGUCCGUUCUGACUGCUUGGACGCUCUUCGUUGUGUUAUACUCCUUUACAAAAACCUCUAUUCUUAGGGAAGAGCCCAAGGGCCUUCUCGGUAUGGCAGAGGUUGUGUAUGGCGGUAGCCUGUCGUCGAUUGCUGGCGAAUACCGUGCGAAUGAAUUAGAGAAAACUUUUGAACAGUAUGUUAAGGAUCAAGGGUAUAAAGAAAGAUUUUUUAAAGUAUCGCUUGACCGAAAUGGGAGGCCGAAUAUUAAUUUGAAGUAG